GGACUUAAAUUGACUGACAAUGACAAGAAGUUGUAUGCUCUAAUAGAGAUUGAGAAGCUUAUGAAAAGAAAUGGGAGUUCACUUUCACUAUAUGAGUCUAUGCCAAAGCUUCCUGCCAAUGCCAAAUCGAUUGAAAAUGUCUUGAUAUUGGAUGAGCUAAGUUAUGAUAUGGAAGACUUGCAAGCCACUCAUGAUAUAGAUUUUUCAAAGAUGACUGAUGAGCAAAGGAAAAUCUAUGAUGAGAUCAUUAGUGCUGUUGUUGAAGAUAGAGGUGGAAUGUUCUUUGUUUACGGGUUUGGUGGCACAGGAAAAACCUUUCUUUGGAAACUUCUAUCAGCUGCUUUGAGGUGCAAGGGAGAUAUAGUUCUUAAUACUGCAUCAUCCGGAAUUGCUUCCCUGUUGUUACCAGGUGGCAGAACUGCUCAUUCCCGUUUUAGCAUACCCAUCAAUCCAGAUGAAUUCACUACAUGUUCACUGACUCCCGGAUCGGAUAAAGCUAAUUUGAUAAAGGAAGCAUCUCUAAUUAUCUGGGAUGAAGCACCAAUGAUGAGCCGACAUUGCUUUGAAUCCUUAGACAGAAGUUUAAAUGAUCUAAUGGACAAUCCAGAUAAAAAGCCUUUUGGUGGAAAAGUAAUUGUGUUUGGAGGUGAUUUUCGACAAGUGCUUCCUGUUAUUACAGGAGGUUGUAGGGCUGAGAUUGUUCUGGCUUCCAUGAACUCAUCAUAUCUCUGGGAACACUGCAAAGUUCUGAAGCUUACCAAGAACAUGAGAUUGUGUUCAAACAAUCUCACAGAUGAUGAGGCAAAAGAUCUGAAAGAAUUUUCAGAGUGGAUUUUGGCUGUUGGUGAUGGGAAAGUAUCAGAGCCUAAUGAUGGGGAGGCAUUAAUUGAAAUUCCAAAAGAGUUUCUAAUUAUGGACCCUAACGAUCCUAUUGAGACUAUAAGUCUGGCCAUUUAUGGAGACACUGAUUCAUUGAAAGGGAUAAAAGAUCCUAAGUUUUUCAAAGAGAGAGCAAUCUUAUGUCCAACUAAUGAGGAUGUUAAUAUGAUUAAUGAUCAUAUGUUAUCUAAACUCGAAGGUAAUUUAGUGUUUUUUUACUGUAUAUAUUUUCGUUAUUUUUAUUGACACUGACUCUUUUAUAAAAUUUGGUUAUUUCCCAUCAGGUGAAGAAAUGAUUUAUAUCUCAUCUGACAGUAUAGAUCCAUCUGAUACUGCCUCGGUCAGUAAUGAAGCCCUCAGUUCCGACUUUCUAAACAGCAUUAAAGUUUCUGGGCUACCAAAUCAUAGUCUAAGAUUGAAGGUUGGUUGUCCUGUUAUGUUGCUUAGGAACAUUAAUCCUAAUGAAGGUCUAAUGAAUGG